UUUAAUUAGUCAUUAAGUGAGAAGGGUUGGCUCUCUCUUGGAACUAGUGGCAUAAUAUUGGAUCAUGAAUUUUAAUGACAUGUCCGCCGAGGAAUAAUAAGUACCGCAAAUGCACAUAAUUGGUGGUUUGUCUGUGGGGAGGCUAAUUGGGAGCUUGUCCUGGUUCGGUUCCCUCCAAGGUUUUCGCUUAAUAGGGUGGCAGGAUUAAGUGUAUUAAGUAACAUUGCAGAAUGUUUAAUAUUUAGUUAUUAUAACGUUUGAAACUAAUAUCCUUACUAAAAAUUCGGUUAGGAGAUUAAACUUUACGAGCUAUUUUAAAUGACAAGUAGUUUUUAGAAUGUCAUCUAUCUUCACUUUGUGAUUUUGACAGCCGAUGGCAUUUAUUUGCUCUGUUGUAUACGUACAUACAUGCCACAAAUUGUAAUUAACUCGAUAUCGUAGAAAGAUGAAUACAUUUUCAAGAUCAGAGUGUUCCUAGAAAUUCAAUUAAUUUGCAGGAUGUAGACGACAAGCUUAUGAAUUCUUCUAAACUUGUUCGAUGUGUAAAGUCAGUGUUUGCUUAUGUAACACAUGCAGGAUUUAAAAUACUGUGUAUUUACACUAGAACAAAAAGUACUUACGUAUAUCCAACUCUGUGGAUCAUUAAACUGUCAAAAAACAAUGAAAAAAAUAUUCUAUUUCCGGAUCAUUUCCCACGUAAACUUGAAAAGAAUGGUUGAAUUGUUGGGAUAAUGACAAUAAUGAUACAGUCAGCUCAAUAUUACGGUCACUCGGCCAAUUCAAAGGCACAGUACAAAAUGGACUUGAUUGAAAAUGUGUCGCACCAUAAUAUUUGUAAUCCUCUGCUUAAACCCGAUUUUCGGGGAAUAUUCCUCGGUUGGGAGAAUCCUGACAAAACCUGUCGUGUCGAGAGGCAUCCUAAAUGACAUCCACUUUCGUCUAUUCCCUUUCAAAAGCCAUCCAAGCACGUACCAAGAACUAACCGAUCCAAAAUCUAUCCAAGCGUCCAAAUUCAUAUCAAACGCUACAAAAACUGUAAUCAUCAUCCACGGCUUUUGGCCAAAUUUGACACGUUUCACUCCGUUGGAAAUUAAGACGGCUUACCUUAAUAACCCUGACCACGCCAACGGGGAGACCCAGCCAUCAAUGAACAUCAUCUACCUGGACUGGUCAGUCUUAUCCACCCCGACGACCUCCUCACGUAUCCUCUCAUCUUAUCCAGUCAUCGUGUUUUACUUCAUCCCACUCGUAUCGUGGAAACUCGCCAUUUUUCUGCAGCUGUUAAAAAACAUGGGUUACGUUACUUCUGGCAAGAUCCAUUUGAUUGGCUAUAGCUUAGGCUCCCACGUCGCUGGUUUGACUGGUCAGAUAUUCCAGAGUUGGAAUAAUGGUUCAAAAAUCGGAAGAAUUACCGGGCUGGACCCCGCAUUACCCUUGUUUAGAAAUAUGUUCAGUCACGAGUGGUUUACGUGGAGAUUAGGCAGAGGAGACGCCGACUUUGUAGAUGUCUACCACACGGCGAUGCGAAUGAAGGGCCUGGGACAGAAAAAAAGUGGAGAUGGACAUGCAGAUUUUUAUGUGAAUCGUGGGACGAGUCCACAGCCUGGCUGUCUCCUGAUGGACUUGAGAAUCCCAGUAAUUUGCAGCCACCUAUUUGCUGUUCAAUUUUUCGUACAAAGUAUCAAAAGGGACUUUUUGGCUUGCAAAUGUAAUUCCGUGGUGGAUUUGCCCAUGAUCGGUGUGGUUUGCCUGGGUGGGUGCAGGAGCAUGCAGUUGGCUGGAGAAGGUUGCAGUGAAAACACGCAAGGACAAUACUACUUCAAAACGGGCCCCCUAAUGACCGGUACUGACAUCCUUUAGCAGAGAACUACUUAAACAUGUCUAACCUUGAAAUGUUCAUUGCGUAAAAAUGGCAAAAUAAAAAACUAUACGCCUUCA